AUGACCACCGCCUACUCAGCAUUUUUCGCCUCAGGCCUCCUCGCCCCCUCCUGCCACACCACCGGCAGUGAAUUCUCAGACGCAGUGAAAUCGAACCAGAUAUGCAUUGACGAGACACGCCUUAUGUCGACCGCGCCUGGCACAGGCUCCUUCACAUCCUAUACUCGGCUCGACAUGGUCACACAUCCAAUGUCCUCUUCAUCAAGCUCGGGUAGCGAGGGAUCCUCCGCUCCCUCGCCAUCGACUCGCCACAGACGUCGCCGUUCCAGCCUUAGCGCUGCGAUGUCCUUGUCGUUCUCAGGAGUGAAGCCAUCUGCUCGUGAUGCUACAUCAGCAGCUGUCCGUUGUUUCGCUACAGCGUUUGCGGCCAGUUCAUCGUCUUCUCGUCGUACGAACGGCGGCAGCAUUAGCUCGAUUAAAUGCGAGUCUGAACACGGUGUUCGUAUUCCUGAUGCAUCGAUGCCAGGCGAUCUACCCAAGCACAACAAGAUGCCCCGUAGAAGCACAGUCAGUGCAGCUCACUCGCCCGUGAGGUAUGUUUCCAACAUUUGA